AAUGCAAAUGCUGACUUGUGUUGUGGGCAGUUGCAGUUACGAUUAUGUCGUCACCGUUGUACUUCUUCGUUUCCAUUUUCCAUGGCCAGCCACGAUCUUUACACCUUGAACCCGAGACUACGAACAGCUAGAUCUUCGAUCAGUUUCAGAUAGAAGCAGAGAGUAUCCCGAUGCACGCACGCAUUAGGCGUGUCCUCCAAUUGAAUAUACUCGUGGACGAUUGAGUAAUUUAUCUACUAAUUGAAGCAAAGCCAAGGAAGGGCCCACCAACUUUCAGUGGAGUCAGAACGACACUACAAUGGCUAGGUAGUCGUACUCUGUUCUUGUGAAGUAUAGCAAACGGCCACGUUUGGUCUUUUCGAAGUAGAGUUCGCCGAUCCAUGCCUAUGCUGUCCAAGCCUAUUGCCUCAUCUCUUUCAAUGACAAGGAUACACUCAUAAUUUCCGUAGAAGACCGGUAGACUGGAAGAUUCGCCGGCAUUUCCCCCGUAUCCAAGCUGAAUAACGGAUCAGCGGCCACGGCACCUUGCACGCCUGGCUUACAGUUCCUGUCCCAGAUCCAAGUGAUGUCUAAUGGGUAGCUUCCCGAACCUUCCAAGGCCAUGUGCCUUAGCAGUGUUCGUUGCAUUGGGAGUUAUUUUGCAACUGCAGAAUGAUUUUGCAAAAGGUGAGCGUGUAUACUUAUUGAAUGUGAGCAUUGGCAAUGCAACACAGUUGCCACAGUCAGCGAUCUCGUUGCUUCGGCCCGGUACCCAAUGGCCGCUGGAGACUAAGCAAGGGAUUAGCAGCAGGAUUACCUACUCCACAAUCCAUAUACAUGCAGGAUCGAUGUUUGUUUCAACAUUUGAUGACAAGGAGAGUGUAGGGUACCCCAUGGUCUUCACUAUCUCCAACUUUACCGCAUGGUCCGGUUCCAUGGUGGGUACCAAGCUCCUGCAAUGCAGUCUGCAGUUCCGGUAUCUACUUUACUUCGAUAUGAGCCGCACCUUGGGCACAAUGGAUAGUGCUGUUGUUGUGGGAGUGAGAUACCAACAGUACAAUGGCUCCAGGUCUCAGCUUAUCGCUUCAUGGUUGUGCUGCGAGCGCGGUGGCAUGAACAUGUUGAACACAGUGAAUAUAUCCUUCCAAGUGGAGAAGAAUCCGUUCGAGGUCUUCCUCUGGCACAACAAUACCGGGAAAGGGGAUAUGUUUCUUCUGGACAUCUUACGUGUGUCUUGCUCCGUGGAACACACGCACACUGCCAGCAUGGGCCCGAUGACCGCGCUGCUCCACACAACCUCUAGCUCUGCUAUGGCUGGUCCAACGACAAAAGACAGUACUUCCCACUGGGCUUCCAGUACGAUGAUAUCUGCGAAUUCUACCUCACAGCACUCCUCGCCAAGAGCCCUGGACGAUGAGCCAUCCUCCCCAGUAACCAAGGUGGUAAUGUCAGUGGUCGGUGCCUUGAUUUUCGCAACGCUUCUGCUUCCUGUGGCCAUCAAGGCCAAAGCCUAUUGGCAAAGGCACCAACGUGGAACGGGCUAUCAGCUUACUCCCACUCGUGAUGGUCCUCUUGUGGAUGGCUUCAUCAGGCACUCCCAGCAGCUUCAGGCCCAUCGAGAGAGACAGCUAGUGCAGGAUUCCGAAGAAGCAGCAGCAAGAGGAGAUGCUGCACCGCACACUGUGUAUGACAUGGUGGGACCACCGACUUUGCCAUGCCGGAAGCUGACAACAGUGCCAAAACACCGUAGCCAGGCCGGCCAGACCGCACAGCAGCUCAGUGCUCACCAGCUGCAGCCAGCCGACCAGUGUGCUAGCUCAACUCCCGCCAAGAUAGACAAUGAGUAUACGCUGGAUAUCUCUCCCCCGUCUGCUAACAUUGCUACUUCGCAAGCUGUUGUCCAGGACAAGACGUUGAUAGAUACCCGAGCCGAUGUCAGUGCAGAUGCAUGUAAGCACAGUGUGGCCAACAGCUACCAGGCAACCACGAGUAGAUCAGGAACAGCGAUGGAGCAGCGCACGCCCAAGCAACAGCACCAGCAGCAAGGUGAUGGUAAGGCGGCCGCCGGUGCUGGACCAGUCUGCAAGCAGUAUACAUACCACAAUGCUCUCUCCCCGUUCCCUACGGUGAGGCCAUCGGAGCAUCAAGCCAGCAUGCUCUAUCAUACUGAGAAAAAUGUUCAGUUUAGUACUCCGCCUGAUCAGAUCCAAGCAGGCCAGCCUGCUAAAGAAUGCACCCCGAACAGUGGAGGUGGAUACCUUCGGCCGUAUGAGCUCCAUGCUCUGAAUUGCAAACGGGACACCUCACCAUCACCGACACAAGCAAACCAAAUGGCCAGUGCAGUGACUACACCGGAUGUUUGCAUCCCGUCCCAGGGGGGCAACAUGCAACGGUCACAGGUCGCCAGGAAACUGCCACCACCGUUGCCUCUGACCAGUGGACAGACACUGGGCAGCAAUAUAUGCUUACCACCACCCCGGACCCAGCCGCCGCUCUCAUCCAAUACUAAGCCGGGCGUACCGUCAGCAGCGCGUACUGCCCUCGGUAAGAUCUCUAGCAACUCAGACGUGGCAAAGCCUGGCCUUCACAACGCCAAGCAAUCCAGGAAGGACCUGCAAAGUGACACUGUGGGCGUGAAGGUGGUCAUUUUCGGAAAGGAGAAUUCCAGCCCCGUCUACGCAGAGCUUUCAGCAUGAAUCUCUAAGUCUACCAUGUGCAACCAAUAGUCAAUAGAAUCCUGUAGGUACUGUGCAGGCUAGUACAGUGCAUAGUAGAACUAGACUGCUUGGAAUCAAUCACAUGACAUGCUCUUCCGAUUUGGAUUCCAGAGCUGCCAGGUCAGUGUGGCAUCCACCGGCAUACCAUGUCAAUCAGCUUAUCGUUUGCCUGAUUGUGUGCUAAGUGUUACUGAGGCCUGCUGGUACAUGGUAUGGAGAUGCUUGCCUUCAGCUGAAGUGCAAUGCCCUGGGACACAUCAUUAUGUGUUACCGUCACUGUGUCAGUGGUUGCUGGGUAUGGGUGUGUGCAAGUAGAAUCCGUUUGGCAACAAUGCAGCAGCAUCCACUGACUGUGGUACUGGCACAUGGAAUCAUGUGCCUUGAGUCACUACUCAGUGCUAGAGUAGUGAAGUACUAAUCUUGAUACUUACCUGACGGGAUACCACUCACUGUUGUAUGAUUGUACACUGAUACAUUUACAAGGCCCAGAGAGUGUGUGGCCUUACUGCCACUCCUGGCAGAUUAUCAUUGUGAUGAUCUCCAGACUCCACUAGUAUUAUCCUAGCCUAGGUAGCCACUGUGCAACUUCUGAACUUCAAGUUAGUUCAAGGGCUUGGUGAUAUCCUGCUCUUUCAGUUUUAUGGACCAAUGGCGCCACGCCAAUGACUUUCCCCUUAGCGCACACUUACUUAUCAUUGCACGUAGUACAUGCCUUAUGGAGUCCUCAUCUAGGGAGGUGCAGUGCGUUUAUUUUUGCCAUUUUGGUGCCUCCAUUGGACCAUUGGCAAUUGCUUUGCUUGAAGACAAUUUCUGUAUGCUCUAACCAACUACACGUGUCAUGUACAUGUUCUCAUAAUGUAUUACGUCAUGUAGAUUCUGUACCGGUAAUCCCUUUGCUGGAACACCGCUUUAGAACAUGGCUGUACAGUCUUUGUACUGCCUGGGUACUGACACUCGCCUUAUAGUUAUACAUGUACAUGUAGGUUAUAAUUAUUACAAUACUCUUGGUACUGAGUGAUGUACAGAUCUA